AUGAACAGAAUUAGGGUGCUGGGAUUGGUACUUAUGUACUAUGCUCUGUCACUAAGCCUGGGAUAUCUGACCUCGUUUUUGCUCUCCAAAAGGACAUAUAAUUUCAGUUUUCCCCUGUUCAAGGCGUCCAUGCAGAACCUGAUUCACUUUUUUGGUGCAUCCACAGUUCUAAGACUUCAGAAGGAAAAGGCUCCAAAGCCCAACUAUUUCGGGCCCUCGCUUCCAUGUGCACUCGCAGGUGCAACAGACAUAGGGCUUUCGUCCAUAUCUCUGAGGUUCACAACCCUUGCAUUUUACACAAUGGUGAAAUCCUCUUCUCCGGUGUUCAUCCUUCUGUUCGGGUUUGCACUUGGAAUCGAAAAGCCGUCGAUAACAUUUUUUCUGACAAUAUUCACCAUAGGCGUGGGUGUGUUUCUUACGUCGAUAAAGAACACAAGCUUCGACAUCAUCGGGUUUGGAACCAUCUCCGUAGCCUCGCUCAUGGCCGGGUUCAGAUGGGCGUUUGUCCAGUAUCUUGUUAGGAACCAGGAUGUGCAAAAAGAGGGGGUUUUUGUCACGAUGAGGGAUCUCUGCCUUCCCAUAUCAUUCCUCCUUCUUCUAAUCUCCCUACACGUUGAGGGCCUUAUGGAGAUAGUCACGUCCAGGUUCUUCAACACAUUCGAUGCAGCCCUGAGGAACUUUGGGUAUAUCUCGCUCUGUGGGGCUCUAUCGUUUAUGCUCCUGUGUGCAGAGUUUACGCUCGUUUCAGAAACAGGCGUUGUGUUUCUGAGUAUUGCAGGGAUUGUCAAGGAGCUCAUUAUUAUUUCGUAUGCAAUAAUAACAAAGGAUAUCGCUUUGAGUAACCUGAACUAUGUUGGGCUGACCAUAAGCAUUGCAGGAAUACUAAUAUACAAUUUCAGCAGGAAGCCUCUUUCUCCACACUAG